AUCUUUUGCCAUAUAAAUCUCUCCACCUUUCUUUUCUUUUGCUUUUCUCUGUUGCCUUAUUCAAAAUUCUUAUAACCAUCCGCAGCCUUUUCUUUCUUUGUAAUUUUCGUUGGUGUUGAAGAAGAAGCUCUCAGCUUUAUGUGCCUUCUGAUUGUUACAACUCAGUUGCAGCCAGUUAUUUACUGGGUAUGUCUCUCUUUCUAUUUUUAACGCUUUUAUCAAUAGCUUGUUAAGAAUUUAAGGGGGGAGGAGGUGUUAAAUAGUGUUCAAUGACAUGUUUGAGAUCUCCAAUAAUUGUUGUAAAAGCUGUGGGGUUUUUUUUUGGUUAUUCUGAAUGGAAACUAGUGGUUUGUGUGGUGGGGUGUUUUCUGGGAUUGGUUCAGGAAUGUUAGGCCUUGAAAUGCCAUUACACCCCCAACAUCAUCAUCACCAUCAUCAACAACAACAACCUAGAAAGCCCCAAACUACCCAAAACUUGUCCCACUUGCAUAACACCCCACAAAUGGUUAGUUUUUCCCAUCAUGAAACUGACCACUCACUGCACCAGCAAUCGGUUAAACGAGGCUACCCUUGUGGUUCCAAAUCCAAACAACAAUCCCCUAUGAGUGAUGAAGAUGAACAUGGUUUUAAUCCUGAUGAUGCCAAGAGAAAGAUUUCUCCUUGGCAAAGGAUGAAAUGGGCUGAUAGCAUGGUUAGGUUGCUUAUAAUGGCGGUUUAUUAUAUUGGUGAUGAAGGUGGAUCAGAAGGGAAUGGAUCGGACCCCAGCGGGAAGAAAAAAAUUGGUGGUUUUUUGCAAAAGAAAGGGAAAUAGAAGUCGGUUUCCAGGGCUAUGAUGGAGAAAGGGUUUUAUGUUUCACCACAACAAUGUGAAGACAAGUUCAAUGAUUUGAAUAAGAGGUAUAAGAGGGUUAAUGAUAUACUUGGUAGAGAAACUGCUUGUAAAGUGGUGGAGAAUCAAAGCUUGCUUGAUACCAUGGAUUUGUCUCCCAAAAUGAAGGAAGAAGUUCGGAAGUUGUUGAAUUCUAAGCACUUGUUUUUCAGGGAAAUGUGUGCUUAUCAUAAUAGUUGUGGCCAUGGUGCAACAGCUGGUGCUAAUCAGUCGGCAGAGGUGGCUACUGAGAUAUCCCAGAUUCAGCACCAGCAAGCUCAACAACAACAACAAUGCUCCAUUCGUCGGAAGCUGCUCAAAUAUUGAUAUCGGGAAAUUCAGGUAGAAUCGAGACAGAGGCAUCGAAGUUGGCUAAAGUAGGCAGUGAAGAUGAGGAUGACGAUGAUGACGACGAGGCAGUGGAUGGUCACUCAAGGGGAUACAAUGGACAUGGGAAGGAAGAUGAUGAAGAUAACCACGAAAAGCCUUCACAUAAAAGGGCAAGAAAGGGAACAUAUGUGGUGUCACCAACGCCAUUGAUGCAACAAUUGAGCUGUGAAGUUGUGAACGUGAUACAAGAUGGGUCGAUGAGUGUUUGGGAAAAGAAGCAUUGGAUAAAAAUGAGGCUAAUGCAAUUGGAAGAGCAACAGGUCAGCUACUAAUACCAAGCAUUCCAGCUGGAGAAGCAAAGGCUCAAGUGGGUGAAAUUCAGUAGCAAAAAGGAAAGGGAGAUGGAAAGAACAAAGCUCGAGAAGGAACGAAGGCGGCUCGAAAACGAAAAAAUGAUGCUGCUUGUCAGGUAGAAGAAGCUGGAAUUGGUUGAUCUUUAUCAGCCUCAGUCUCUGCCUCAUCCUCAGGAGAGAUCCAUCUAACAUAUCUGGAUGAAAAAGGGGUCAUAUUAGAUAGAGAUUUUAGA